AUGACAGAACCUAGUGGCCAUGAAUUGGUCCGUAUCGAGACAAAUAUUCUUCCAAAAGGAAAACUCAUAGUGGUUUUCUGUGGAUUGGCGUUCGCUCUUCUUAUCACUCUUAUAGAUCAAAACUCCAUUGGUAUAGCUUUACCUACGAUCGGAGCUGAUCUCAACGCUGCCACUACAAUUUCUUGGGCAGGUACUUCAAGUUUGAUUGCCAACACAAUCUUCCAAGUUCUUUAUGGAAGAAUAUCAGAUAUCUUAGGAAGGAAAGUCGUGUUUUUGACUGCUGUAGGAUUAUUAGCGCUAGGAGAUUUGCUAUGUGGGUUUGCUCAGACGGGUCCCCAGCUUUAUGUUUUUAGGGGUAUUUCGGGAAUAGGGAGUGGUGGGAUCAUGGCCUUGUCUAUGAUGAUUGUAUCAGAUGUUGUUACUUUGGAGAAUCGUGGAAAAUAUCAGGGAAUUUUGGGUUCAUGCAUCGGUUUGGGCAAUACCAUAGGACCAUUCUUGGCGGCCGCUUUCGUUCAGAAUUCGACAUGGCGAGGCCUCUUUUGGUGUAUAUGCCCGCUUGUUGUUCUAUCUGGUAUCAUGGUAGCAUGGACACUUCCUCCAAGUAAAGUUCAUGGCUCUACAGCAACCAAAAUUCGCGUCAUCGACUACCCAGGAAUUUUCCUUGUGACAGCAGCGAUCCUGCUCAUUCUAAUACCGGUUUCAGGUGGUGGUACCUACUUCGCAUGGUCUAGUCCAAUGGUUAUCUCCAUGCUCACUUUGGGUGGAAUCUGCUUGGUUGCUUUCCUCGUUGUGGAAUGGAAAUUUGCUGUCAUGCCAAUGAUGCCUCUGUACCUCUUCAAAGAUCCCGCCGUCUUCGCCAUCCUCACCCAAAACUUCCUUUUCGGUAUAGUUUACUACUCUCAUCUCUACUAUCUCCCCGUCUAUUACCAAAACGCCCGCGAGUACUCACCUCUCAUGUCCGCCGCUCUCACCAUUCCAUUCGUCGUCACCCAAUCUCUCUUUAGUAUUGUAUCGGGUCAAUACAUUUCCAGGACAAAACGCUAUGGCGAAAUCAUCUGGAUGGGAUUCAUUCUCUGGACUCUGGGCUCAGGGCUUGUGCUUCUGUUCUCCCGAACGACACAGAAAUGGAAGAUGGUCCUAAUCCUUCUGACCGAAGGUGCAGGUGUAGGAUUUGUCUUCCAGCCCACGCUUAUAGCAGCACAAGCUCAUUGUACCAAACGUGAUCGCGCAGUCGUUAUCUCGACCAGAAAUUUCAUGCGCGCACUGGGUGGUGCAAUAGGUUUAGCUAUUUCAUCGACUAUUUUCUCAAAUUCAAUUAAAUCACAUCUUAACACGUUAGCAAUACCUCUACCUGCAGGAUUUAAAGACAAAAUCUUAGCAUCGAUCCUGAGUAUUCCAAACUCAUCGUCCCUGACUACGGAACAGAAAAAUGAAGUUCUAGAUGCGUAUAUGGGGGCGAGUAGGAGUGUAUUCCUGCUCUGGGUACCGAUCAUUGGCUUUUGUUUGUGUCUCUGUGUGUUGAUUAAAGACAAGGGAUUGCAGAGACCGGGUGAUAAGCCGGUGGUGAGAGAGGAGGAGGAACAAGAGGAGGAAAGUAGUGAGAGUGUAACGGGUAGUGAAAUUGUUGCAGUUACGAGUGUGGAUGGAAGGAGAGACUUGGAAAGGGGAGAAACGGAGAAGGUCGUGCAAGAGGUAAAGCGCUAA